UGCCUUUUAAAUUCUACCUAACUAACUACCUUUAAUUCUUUUUAUAAAAAUUAAAUAUAAUAAAAAAUUAAUUCUGGAUUUAACUAACUCAAUCAAAGUAAAAUGAACAAAGGAAUUUUCUUUAUAGCUUUAUUACUCUCCCUUAGUGUGGUAUCAUGCUAAAGAUACCGCUAUUAAACUAACAUGCUUCUUGAGAGCUUGAUUGAAUUGAAGGAAUAAAUUACCUAUCUUUCUAGAACUUAAGCUUAACUCUAACUUUUCUUAUUUGCAUAUGAAAAUGAUAUUGAUCCUGAAAUCCUAGUAAAGCUGUUGAAUCUCAAUUAAUAAUAGCGUAUGCUACAUGGUGGUUAGGAACAAAACGAUUGUGGUAAAAAAAAAGAAAAAGCAGCAGCUGAAAAAUAACAAGUUGAUGACAAUGGUAAUGGCAGCUAUAACAACAACAAUGGUAGCAGCGAUAAUAAAAACAAUGGAAACAAUAAAGGUAACUACAAUGAUAACAACAACAGUAACAAUUAAAUUCAUAGUAAUAACAAUAAUGGUUUGAAUAUUGAUAGUAACAAUACUAUUAUUAUUGAUAGCAACAAUAAUAAUAACAAUAACAACAACAAUAAUAAUAACAACAAUAGCAACAAUAAUAACAAUAACAACAAUAACGACAACAACAAUAACAACAAUAAUAACGGAAACAAUAGCAAUAAGAACAAUGGAAACAAUGAUAACAACAAUAAUGGAAACGGAUCUUAGGACAAUAAUAAUAAUGGCAAUAACAGUGGAAACCUUAGCCAUAAUGGAAACAACAGUAAAAAUAACAACAAUGACAACAAUGGAAAUGGUAGCUAAGAUAAUAAUGGAAACAAUGAUGGCAAUAAUAACUAUAACAACAACGGAAGUAAUAACAAAAAGUGA